AUGCUUCCAAGACCGCAAGUCACGCAGGCGGGCCGUGCGGCACUGUCUUCGCUGUUGAAGCGCGAAGUGUCCGCGCAUCGCAUCCCCGCCACGUUCAUGGGCGUGACGAACGCGGACGGCGAGCUCUUCUGGGCCCAGGCUGGACUCAAGGAGUUCGGCAAUCCGGCAUCAGGCGAGGUCGCCGAAGGCACGAUGCUGCAGCUGUUCUCCAUGACCAAGCUCGUCACUUCGCUUGUCGAUCGGGGCAUGGCGGCGCUGGACGACCCGGACCUCCUCGAUGAGCACAUCCCCGAGAUCUCAAAGCAGGACAUUCUGGUCGCCUACGACGAGUCGGGACCGACCUACGUGCCGAAGAAGAAGCGUCUGACGUUGCGCAUGCUCCUGUCCCACUCCAGCGGACUGGGAUAUGCCGGGCGCAACCCCCUGAUCGGGCGUUGGCAGAAGGAGCACGACGCCGGUCGUCCGGGACAGGGGGCCAAGGAGUGGCUCGGCCCGCUGUGCUUCGAGCCGCAGACUCGGUGGCGCUAUGGCACCUCGGUCGACUGGGCGGGUAUCCUCCUCGAGCGCGUAUCUGGUAUGAAGCUCGGGGACUGGAUGCAGGCGAACAUCUUCGCGCCCCUCGGGAUCACGAGCAUCACGUUCGAGCCGUCGCCGGAGGCGCAGGCCAAGCUUAUGACCAUGACGUAUCGGAAGGACAGGAAGGAGCUCAGUAUCCCGGAGCCAGCGAUGCGGCCGCAAGGCGGACACGCCGGUAUCAAGCGCGACAUGAACCGGCGUGGAAGACACAAUGGCGGUGGCGGCCUGUACGGAACAGCGAGGGACUACCUCCGCUUCUUGCGCGGCGUGCUUGCGUCGCGUGGCGCCGCACCCGGAGAAGGUAUCCUGUCAAGAGCCAUGUUCGAGGAGCUGUUCACAAACGCCCUUCCGCCUCGCUCAGAGGGGACGAAGCCGUACGCCGACUGCGCCAAGAGCAUGGCGUGGGGAACGUUCACAGACCCCGAGCUACUGAAGAAUGACGGACAGGGUCUCUCCCACUCUGUCGGCUUCAUGAUCAGCACGAUGGACUCAUGUCACGGCCGCAAGGCGGGCAGUGGGACGUGGGACGGUGCUGCCAAGAGCGAGUACUGGGUCGACCCCACCAGCGGGAUUGCGGCCGUAUUCGCGACGAACCUGACAUCGCCGAAUCCGGAUCACUACAUGAAGAUGUACAACGAGUUUGAGCGGACGCUUUACGACUCACUCGAGGAGGGCGCCAGCGACGCUGCGCCAGUGACCCUGCGAUCCAAUCUGUAG